GCCAAGUGAUGGCAGUACCUUUUUGGUUAAUCUUGUCUACCAAUUGUUCUCUUUCAAUCACCACCAAGGCAAUACAAACCAUUGUCAUGUCGUCGUUGCGCUCAAAUUGUACAAGGACGCUUCUUGUCUUGAAAUAUUGUCUACUUUUAGCGCCAGUUACCAAGGAGCUAUUACAAUGCAGCGCGAAGCCAUAAAUUGGGAAUCGAUUCGGAUGUAUUCAGCCCAAAAUUCGCCACCCCGACGCCCCACCAGUCUCACCUAGGAUUUGUAAUGGAGAAGUGGCAUGCCUUACUAUACCCUGCCAGCUGGCAGAAGCCCAAACGUGCACCGUCCAAUCUUCAGGAAUACAUAUCAAAAGCCAUUCUUCCCUCAAUGGCCAUCGCCAGUUGUGCACCACAACUUCCUCCACAAGGACAUGGAGCCCAUAGGAAUCACCUGACAGCUCGUCCUGAGAUCUGGCGCAGAUUAGAAGUCUUGCACAGUAUCGUCCCCGAGUACUUUGACAACGUAUCCAAGUGGUAUGUGGGGCGUUACAUUCCUAGCAAUGACCUUAAUGUCCCCGAUGGCGACGAAGUAAGAGGAGAUCAGUUUACCCUGCGCAGCGAGGGUUUCGAUGUUCAGGAAAGAAUGAUUGGAUACCCCGGAAAUAUGGAUCGUGUAGUUCGUUGGGUCGUCGAGUUCCCGUUAUUGACUGUUGAAAGAACCCUACAUCUGACAUUCCAGCAAACCCUGGAGUGGACCUUCGAUACGUCAAUGAGUGAUCUUGAUGUCGACAGAGAACUCUUUAGGACAGUCUGUUGGACUCGCACGCAAGUCGGCGAGACAACCAAAGACGCCGAGUGCGCCUUGAUGGUUUUCAUUCAACCCCCUUGGAUCAUGACACCCUAUGAGCUGAAGAGUUUCAGUGAUUGUCCAGGAUUACGCAUAGAUACAGAGACAUACAAGGGGAAGGAGCGUACAUGGUCUAAGGUGUGGGAUUAUUGCUUCCGCAAGAAAUGCCACUGGUUCAUUUUUACCACUUACCGCGGUUGGGUGUUUGGCGCAUUCUCCAGAGGUUGGACCCGUGGAUUUGCUACACCUGUUUUCCAAUACAACUCGACGUCGCCAAAUAUUCUAGAGGGUCUAAUAUUUUGGAUUAGCUCCGCUAUGGGCUUGGCCGAUGGUUGGCAUAUUCCGGAGGUUAGUGAAGAUUGCUACGUAUCCUUCGACUAUCCCUGCACAAUCUACGAUGCUAUGGGUACUUGCGAGAAGUGUAAUGAAGAGGAUAUGGCUUUCGCAUUGUCAAUUGUAGCGGAACCGGUCACCUCGCAUAACUUACGCUCAACGAUUCCGGCGCCUCCCUUGCAUAGCUUCCCACCACCUCCACCUUCGGAUACAAGUUGGGGAGAAGGAUCACUUGGUUGCCUCCAAGAUUCACUCUCCGAGAACUCUCUUGAAGAUGGGAACAGUGAGACUCGCCUGUCUCCCGAUGGGCUAUUGAACAACAAAAUGGUUCUUUACCCUGAUCCUAAUGCACUCGCACCAGGGACUUGGCGGGAGUCGAUCUCCAAGUGGGACGGUCAAGCAAAUGUGUUGACAACGGGCGAGGAAACCCCCCGAGCCGGUUCUCCGCUACCUCAAGACCCCGAUGACAUGGAUCAGUCUGAUGAUGGGUCUGAUGACUCGACGGUCGUGGAGUUACCCCCAACGAAGAAUGCACUGGGACUGUGGCUGACCAGUAACCCAAUCGAGAUGCGAUUCGACGAUACAUACUUGGAAUGAAGGAGAGCGUUUCUGUGGACCCAUAUACUAUAUACUGUAAUUUUCCACUUGCCUUUGAUAAUGCAGAUUGCUUUCAUUUCCGUUGCUUAUGUCGACAACGACGCGUCUUAAUUAUUCCCGUGACCGUGUCGCUGUGACGCCGGCGCGCUUGUAACACGCCUGACGCACAUGGCCCGAUCACUUUGUACCUCGAACCGGAACGUUCAAGAUGGGCGCAACGAGCAUACCUGGUCCAUCCUCC